UGAUAAUUGUAACAGAUACCAUGAAGUCCCAAGGAGGCAAGUGGCAACCCAUGUUCUCCCGGGCAGGUAAAUAUACUGUGAACCAGUACAUUGCAUUUAGCGAGUCAGCCCAUUCUAAAUCUUUGGAGCUUCAAAAAUAGAAAUCCUAAUCAGGACGAGGAGGAUCAAGAUGAGUUCUAUACUGACUCCAUGCGUGGUGAGCGUAAAUUUGAAAUAAAAUAAGGCCAACAAAUCUGGUUCAAACUUGUACAAUUCUAGUAAAUUAAGCUCAGCAACACUUGGAACCUCAAGCUUCAAGGCGGUCAGUAGGGAGAAAUAGGGAACUUAUUUUUGCGAGUAAGACCAAUGCUCCAGAAGUUGGGAAGUACAAAAUUUAUGAAAAAGACAACCUCCAAGCUAUCAGGAAAUUUAACUACAAUAAAACUUUACCAAGGAAAUCUAAGAAAGGAGUAGCCAACAUUAAUGAGUUAUGUGACAGACUUCUCAGAGGCACCCAGAAUAGAGAGAAUAGACUUAACAUCAUCAAUAAAAUCUUUAGAAAAAGAGGACAUAGGAAGUACAGAUUUGACGAGGACAAGAUCAGUAAACUUUAUGGGAGCUACUUUAGAGAUACAGAUAGUGAUGAUAAGCCUCAUAAUAAAUCAAUGAAUAUACGAUCAAAGGGGUUAGACCUACAUUCUUCUCAAGAGUCACCUUCUCUUGAGAAAUCUCAUAGUAACAAUAAGAAUUCUACCAAUGAUCAUAUUAAUAUUCAGUCGUAUUCUCCAUUCAGCAAGAAGAUCAAGAUGCCUAGAAACUCUUCUCGGAGAAAUAAAGAGGAAUUUAAGAUUAAUUUACAAAAGAAUGAGCGCCCAUUGACAAACCAGAAAUUUAAUAAAACUUAUAAAAACAACUUUUCUUCAAGCUUGAAAGACAAGCAAAUGUUCUUCCAAACAAUGCAAGCUAAUUCAAGCAUUGAUAGGGACAGCAAGAUGUCAUUCGCAUCAACGAGUUUUGGGUUCUCUCCCAUUCCUAAUAAGAAGGCAAAAUUUUCUUACAAGAACUACUUUCUUUCUGGUUCAUAUCACCUGGUUAAAAACCUGACCAAGAGUUCUUGCUCAAGAGAAAGCAGUGUAGAAGCAGCGUAUUCUACAGAGAAUGAUCAUAACUUUGAGAUUAUCCCUAACAACGCGAUGCUCUCCACAACUACAGAUAGCUUCUCUAAGCACAUCCCAACUGUGAACUUUGAGAAACAACUCAGCAGGAAGUUGCAUAAAUUGAGGUCAAGGAUUAAGAAGAAGAAGAAUCUUUUUAUGAAAGCUCGUCAAAUGCCCAUAUAAUGUGAC